AUGAAUGUGAUAAUUUCGUCCCAUAUCGCAAAGUCAAAAUCACGCGAUUCAAACCAUCAUUCCAACAGUACAUCAUCAUCUCGCUCACCGACUGCCAAAGAUAUAUUACACGAACAUUUACCUAAAUGGAUUCCCUCCUCUGAAAACCGUAUCCCUAUUCGAGGCCUCGUUGGUGGCCACGACAAUGAUUCGCAGCCCUUGUAUGUUUGUCGCUCGUAUAUGUUUGGAGGUGUUCAUUGUGGAAAAGCAGGACUUUUGAUGCAGCCUCCGGGGGCUCAUAUUCCGUAUGCUGGAAAGCAGAAUCUUGUUAAUGAUUAUGAAGUGUUGGUUAUACCUGAUGGGUCCCAGAUGUUUUAUACCUGGAUUCCUGUGAUGAAUGGUGUUGCCGGUUUGGAAGAGAUCAGGGUGCAAGGACGAUUCUUGCCUGUUAUUGGAGGAUAUGAGAAGGAUGGUCGUAUUUUCUAUAUCGCUCAAACAGUCCACGAUGAGGGUACCCGUCGCUCUACUCAUCCUGGCAAAGUCGGUUCUCAUACUCCAGAUCACAUCCAAGCUAUACGAAACAUGGUUGCUCAAAGAACUCUCGUUACUCUCGUUGGACGUCAACAUUUGAGGGUGGCAUCUGCCACAAUGCACCUCAUCAACCCAACAAGAAUGGUCGUGCAGCAACCACUAUUCAUGCUCACCAACUCAUACACUCUUGGCCGUAUCCUUCCUUCUUCGUCCGGAAGACAAAUGUCAACAUCCAGAAAGAAUGAAGAUGAGACCCCUCAUCCAACUCAUAAACUUCACGAAGUCCAUCCAGUUCCAGUACGAUCAGAAUUCAUCUCGUACUCUCUCAACUCUAAGCAACUUGAAGACUUGGACAUUGGAAUUGGAUCUCAUCGCAAAAUGGUGACUGUUGGCGAUUAUGUCGCUUGGGGCGCUGUUCGAACUCUCAGGCCACUAUCAGACCUCUUCUUCAGAAACAAAUACGUCCAUCGAGCAGUUACCCUCGAAACAGUUGCUGCAGUACCCGGAUUCGUUGCUGGAAUGUGGAGGCACUUGACUUCUCUACGAAAGAUGAAACAUGAUGGAGGUUGGAUCAGUCAUCUACUCCACGAAGCUGAUAAUGAGAGAAUGCAUCUCAUGAUAUGGAUGAAGGUCUGUCAACCCUCAUUCACAGAAAGGAUGCUUGUAGGAGUCACUCAAUACGCAUUCACAGCCAUAUUCUCAAUCCUCUACAUUCUAUGGCCAAGCUGCGCUCAUCGAUUUACUGGUUACUUGGAAGAAGAAGCUGUGAUUUCUUACACUCACUUCUUGAAGGCCAUUGACAAUGGUGACAUUCCCAACACACCAGCGCCAGACAUUGCUCUCGACUACUACAAUCUCCCCAGGGAUGCCCGUAUCAGGGACGUGGUUUUAGCGGUUCGUGCUGACGAAGCCAACCACCGCGACGUCAACCACACAUUCGCAGAUCGUAUCCUUGCUCACAAUGAAGAUUUACGCAAACCUUACACUCCUCGAAAGGUGGCAACUAUCACCAACAAGGCCAUAGGUGACUUGGACGUAAAGAAUAUUGAUGUCACUGUACACCCUCAUCCUGCCAAAUAG